AUGGCAACAUCAGUAUCACCAUCAACACGCUUACACCCAGGUACAUCCCUCGCUCAUGCCUUCACCCGACCGAGCGCAGUCCCAUCCCUCGCCUCGCUAGACAGCGCCUUCGAGCUGCAGGAAUAUCUUGCGCUGCUGCUACGAUACGACACGCAUUCGAUUACUAGGCUGACGAAGCUUCCAACGGGGGUUGAUGGGGAAGAGGUAGAGAAAUGGGCGUGGGUGUAUGAACAGAUGCGACGACUGGUGGAGGAUAUGAACGAUCCGCUUAUCACUCAGCUGCAACUCGAAUGCACGAGAUUAACAUGCCCUGAGAUGAAGGCGAACGAGUGGCAGUAUGUAUGCACCGCACACGGGGCAGGACAGUCGACUAUGGGGCAAUGUUGUGCAAUAGACUAUACGUUACAUACGAUCGACCACACUACGGCACUACUCAACUCUCCGAAGAACUUCCCUUCCCGCCUAUCUGUCCCCCAGACAUCACAACGGCAUUUCCCAGCCAUAGCGCGCAGACUCGCACGCGUGUUCAUGCAUGCGUACUUCCACCACCGGGAGGUGUUCGAAGAGUCCGAGGCAGAACACUCCGUGUAUGCGCGAUUCAAAGCCCUCGUGAGGACGUACGACCUCCUCGACCCUGAAUUCCUCAUGAUCCCC